AUGCCCCGGCACAGGUGGGCGAGGAACUGCCGGCAGCACGUUGCCGUAAUGCAGGACAUCUCCCACUUGCAGGAGCGCAUCUCACGGACACCCUCGAACACAAAAGUACCAGAAGCCAUCCUCAAAGAGGCCCAGGCCCUCCUCGUAACUCUGUACCGACGAAGGGAUAUCAUUGCGACGCACACGGUGGUGGACGCCCUCUGCUCAUAUCCGGGCUUCGACCACGAGGACCUCUCUAUUCCCGACGUGGACCCCAAAUUCAUUCUCCGCGGCCUCGUUUACGCCACGCGGGCCAGCAAGCGACGGCCACCCCGGCGCUUCAAGCUCGCGGUGUACAAAUUCUGGACCGAGCUCAAAAGGCCGCCCCUGCGGAGAGCGGUGCUCUUCCAAGCCCUUGCAGAAGAGUUCGAGAGGGACAGCUCCGGCCGCACCAUGCACUCGUUCCUCGCUACCUCACACGUGCGGUUCGGGCGGUACCGAACAUGCAAGCUUCUCGUGCUCCCCGUGGCCGAGUUUUACCGGGCGCAGGACAAGGCCGACGCCCUGGCCCUUUGGCUUAGCCGAGCGGACGAGGCAGGCGUGCCUAUAUGCGCUUCGUCACCGGGCCGCAAGUUCCUCAAGGAGGCUGACACCGAGCCCAACGCCCUAGACACUGCGCAGGAGACGUAUACCCCGGAGGAUGCUUGUGUCAUGAGGUUCAGGGACGACAUCCGCCGGCCACUGAAAAAGCUCAAGAAACAUCUCGAUGCGGCACAGCUGCAGACGUUUUCGGGCAUGUCGGAGGCGGCACGUGCUCGAGAUUGGCAGCGCGUCCUAUACUGUUACUCGGACAGCCUCAAGAGCAAUGUGACGAUAUCAGAUGCGUGCCUUCGUCUGGCGCUUGAGGCGGCCGUCGAGCUGGAGGGCAUCCACAGCGCGACAGCGCUCAGGCUCGUCAAACAAGCUCGCAAAGAAUCUCUGGAUGUGGAAACCAUUAUGCAGACGUUACUCCUCGCGCGGAUCGACGGUAUCGGGGACCAGCAGGCAGCAACACGAUCCUCUGCAUCGGUCGGUGAUGCGUAUAGGCUAAUUGAGAGCUUGCUCUCAGCCGUCCAGCCCGUCUACCCUCAUCCUUCGGAGCUGGUAUACAACCGGGCCAUACGAGUAUGCCUGCAGAACUCAGAGUUUGAGCAAACAAUCAAGCUCUGCAUGCAGCUAGGAGAAGAACACUGGAACGGCGACGCGCUAUUUCAGGUUCAUAAUUUCGCCAGCCUCCUGACGGUGGCGGUGCGCAGCAAGGACCACGCCCUGCUGCAGAAACUACUCGAAGCGCUUCCCGGGAGGCCCUACCGGGGACAUCCAAUAUGCAAAUGGUCACUGCGGCGGGCGAGGUUCUGGUUGGAGCAGAUGAUUGCCAAGACGACCUCGGGAGAGGAGAAACAGAAACACUCAGACGCUCUCGAGUCGUUGGAGGCGGCAUACCAGAACGUCAUGCAGGCGCGGGCUCAAGCUCACUGGCAUUUCAAGGCCAAACUUCGGUCGAUUGCGCGCGAGACGCUGGCCCCGAAGCGCAAUUACGAGAGCGUAGAGACGGUCUACAAAGCCUCAGGCCCGGGUCACGCCGCUGCGAUAUACGAGAGAUCACUGGGAGAGGACACAAAUCUUUCACUAUUAUGA